GAAGGAAAUAACAAAUACUCAACUCUCUAAAUACAAUUACCAUUUACUAAAGCAUAUUUGCAUUCAUAAUUGUCAACUUAGAACUUUCAUAAGCUGGUGGUUUCUUUGAAUUUUUUUUGUAUUCUGUCUCUAGCGAAAUCUCUGCUUUUUAGAAAGAGUCAUUAUUGUUUAAUGCAAAAUUGGAGCUAUUUAUUCUAAAAAAACAAAUUGACAGGCUGCUCGGCGUGUCCCAUUGGAAUGAUCAGAUAAACAGCAACUGUCUGUUACACAAACAUAAUGAAGGCAGUUCUGUUUCCGGGUCAGGGUGUUGAAUGGCGAAGGUGGAUGCAACCGCACCUUUCUAACAAAAUUGUUGAAAAGAGUUUGAUCGAAGCCGAAGAAGUUACUGAAAUCCCUUUGAGAAAGUAUAUUCUGGACGCUAAGCCUGAUCAUGGUUUACCAAAAUUGAGUACAUUUAUAGCUCAGCCUGCCAUCCUUGCUUGCACCAUAGGACUUUUUCGUGCAUUUUUCCAACGAAAGUCAAAGCCUGUCCUUUUUGUAGGACAUUCUUUGGGAGAAUAUUCGGCACUCGUAGCUAGUCAAGCGCUACCUUUUCAAUCGGCACUAAAACUUGUUAUGGUUAGGGCAAGAGCAAUGGAUGAAGCUUGCCGACUUACUCAAGAUAAGACUUCUAUGCUCGCUUUAACUCUGUAUAAUCGAUCGACAUGUGCAAUUAAAUUUCAGGAAGACGUAAUCAAAGCAAAAAUGCCUUUUCCCUUGAUAGACAUUGCCAAUGUUAAUUCUUCCAGACAGAUCGUGCUUUCCGGAAACUACGAACAGCUUGAAACGCUUUCAACUUCCAUACAAUCCAAGUCAGUAAACCUUGGUAGAGUGCGAACAAAUUGGUUGGAUGUUGCAGGUGCGUUUCACUCCCAUUAUAUGCUUCCUGCGAUGGAACCAUUGGAGGAAGCUCUCCAAAAAACUGAAUUCCUCACACAGGAAACGGAGACGAGCUUUAUCUCCCCUAGCAAUGAGCUUCGACUGCCUGUUGUUUCCAACGUUACGGCCGACUUGUAUCCAAUUGAAGCUUCAAAAAUACGAAAGCUACUUCUUCUUCAGUGCGUAAAGCCCGUCCUUUUUUGGCAAAGUUUAUCUCGGCUGAAGUCUGAACAUGGGAUUACUCAAUGCUAUCCAUGCGGGCCUGGCAGUACAAUGCAAUCAUUGGCGAAACAAAAUGAGAUGCACGUCGAGGAGCAGCAUUAUUGAAUGCAGUUUAACAUGUUGGUACUCAUCUUGUUAUUUGUCGAAUCCAAAAGCAUCGUAUAAGAGCGUUAGUGUAUAAAUCUUUUGCAUACUAGAAAAAUCAUUUCUACAUAUCUAUAUAUUGUGAAAAUAGAAUGUUGAGCUCAAGCAUUCAAAGUAAUUACAUGGUUGAACAUACAUGUUUACAAAUCAAUUAUCAUUACUCCCUUACUAUAUACUAAUAAUACCGGAAGGAACAAUUUUGUCAAUACGUCCACUCAAUAAGCUAAUAUAUUUAGAGC